UCCAUACCAUUCUGAUCACUGAGCCCUGGCCCCUCUAGCAUAGCGCAUACAUUUCCCAGACCACACCGCUUCUUGUGCAUCCGCCAUAUUGCCUUCGCCCAAGCGCGCUGGCUAGAUCGGCUCGUACCACCAACUGAAAAUUGUUGCAGUGAUGACUCAGACAGUUCAGACAAAUGGGGUUCAACCCCUUAGUAAGACCUGGGAGCUGAGUCUGUAUGAGCUUCAGAGAACACCACAGGCACAGGAGGCUAUCACAGAUGGACUGGAGAUAGCAGUGUCACCCAGGUCCUUGCACAGUGAACUUAUGUGUCCUAUCUGUUUGGACAUGUUGAAGAACACAAUGACAACCAAAGAAUGUCUGCAUCGCUUCUGCGCUGACUGUAUCAUCACAGCUUUGAGAUCUGGUAAUAAAGAAUGUCCUACCUGUCGUAAGAAGCUGGUGUCAAAGAGGUCGCUGCGUCCUGACCCUAAUUUUGAUGCUCUGAUCAGCAAAAUUUAUCCCAGUCGUGACGAGUAUGAAGCCCACCAGGAGAGAGUGUUGGCCCGCAUCAGCAAACACAACAACCAACAAGCCCUGUCCCACAGCAUAGAGGAGGGCCUUAAGAUCCAGGCUAUGACCAGACUGCAGCGUGGUAAGAGACAUACAGUGGAGAACGGUAGCGGAGCGGAGGACAAUGGAGACUCUUCCCACUGUAGCAACGCUUCUGUCCACAGCAACCAGGAGGCAGGUCCAAGCAUUAAGCGCACCAAGACAAGUGAUGACAGCGGUUUGGACAUGGAUAACGCUGCUGAGAAUGGAGGCGGGGACUCUGUAAUCGAUGGCGGUGCCAGUGAAAUAGAACUCGUGUUUAGGCCACAUCCCACCCUGAUGGAGAAGGAUGACGGUAACAACAGUGUGGAGUUUGUCCCGCGCUACAUUAAGACAUCUGGUAAUGCUACAGUGGAUCACCUGUCUAAAUACCUGGCAGUCAGACUGGCGCUAGAGGAGUUGAGAAGAAAUGCAGAAGCUAGUCCUGUUAAUGUGGAGGCAGCAUCAGAGAAACAGUACACCAUCUACAUACCUACUGCUGGAAACCAGUUCACUGUCCUGAACGGUUCCUUCUCCCUGGAGCUGGUCAGCGAAAAGUACUGGAAGGUGAACAAACCCAUGGAGCUGUACUUUGCUCCUACAAAAGAACAUAAGUAGUGACACAUAGACACAAAACCACACACACGCACGCACACACUCUCUCUCUCACACACACACCAGUAGGAAGGAAACACACGGACUUGGCUACACCUGCACACACAAAAACAAGAAGAUGAAUUUGUGGGUCUGAAGAAGAAGAGAGGGGUUGGUUAUCCUCUCCACAAAAGGACUCUUGUAAAAAGAAAAAAAAAUGUUUUAUAUUAUCUGUUUCUUCUGUGUCUCUUUCUAUCUCUCUCUCUCUGUAGAAGGUAGCAGAUCAGUACCGCAGCCAGCAGGGAAAUCAGAGAGAUAAUGGACUCUCUCAAACUCCUAAAACCAGGGUCCAUGUUUAGUCUGAACUAGCAUUAUGAUGUUUUCAAAGUACAAAAAGUGCAUUGUACGAGCUUUGUCAUCAGCAAAGGCUCCUGUACACUGAUAUUUUGGUCUGUACCUGACAAAAGCUAACUGUCAAAGAGACAUGGCGAAAUCUUGGGCUGUCUAUCGCAGACCAUAGUCCCAGAUCUAAUUGAGACACGUCCACCAGCCAAGUACUCAGAUCUUUUGAGACUGACAGCACGUAUCAGCAUCUGAACUGUCAAAAUGGGGUUGCUGCUCAGAAAAUGUCCAUAGAUGUUUACACAUGGACAUCAUAUGGGCAUAUGCUUUUCAUCUGUACAUGCCCAUGUAAGAUCAAUCUAACAUGUAUAGAUGCAAAGAAAGACCAUAAUUAUAGGGUUAGGGUCACUGUUGAAUUCUUCAAAUUGAAUACUGAAAUAUUCUGCUUCCAGAUCUGACUUCGAUUUUUUGAUCUAAACAUUUUUAGGAAUACAAUUACUUGACAUUUAGGAUUCGGGCCAGUCUGAAAUAUUGGUUUGAGUUUAGUCUUUUUGUAAGGAAAGAAGUCAGAAUUCAGACUCCUAUCUGAGAACUCUGACACUGUGACUGCUCCUGACUGCAUGUUGGAUACAAGAUCAGCCUGAUUUCAUAUUUUUCUAUUGAAGAAUCCUAACUGGCCACAUGCGACGCAGUGAUGUGCAGCGCAGCAUACAAUAUGGUGUGCUGUUUAAGUCUCACAUUGAAUGUCACAUCCAGUAGAAAAAACAUGGACAUAUCUAAGGCAAAAAUGCAAGUGUAAAAUGUAAAAAUGUAGGAAAAUAAACUAUCUUUAAGUCAUUUGUCUUUUACAUGUUAUGAUAUGAAAUGUUGACUUUAAAGUCAGAAUGCAAAUCAAGUUUUCAGUGUCCCUAAUUGCCUUCUGUCGGAGUCAUAGUCAUUUUAAGAGGGAAAUUCAAACCACAUGCAUUCAGACAGUGAAGAUUUCAUUGUCCAAAUAUAAAGAGACAAGUGACAAAGUUUCAGUCAUAUGCAGAUGUUAUUAGACCCAUCUGGCACAGUGUAGUGUAAAGGGGCCUUUGAGAAGGCAGCUUUUCAAUGCUGUGUUAAAUACUACGCAGUUAAGUGUGCGCUCACAUGUGGAACCUGACCGUUUUGUCAGGCAGUGUGAGCAUGUCUGGUUGGAUAGUGAGAUGAAGCCACAAAGGUAGAAGCGGUUUUUGUUUUGUUUUUUUCCAGUAAUUUUACAAGUGUACUCUCAUUUAAAAAGAAAAAACAGAAUGUUGUCAUCUUUGUAGUCUUUUAAUUAAAGUUAGAGAAUGGUUUGGUUUGGUUUGAUAGGCUGCAAUCUGUUUUAAUUUGAAUCACUGUAACUUGGAACAAAGGAACGCACAAAAUGAAUGGAGCUCCGGUCCCUCUUUGACCUCCAUGCUACCAGUUUUAACACGAUAACAAUCCUGCUGCACCAUCAGUAGGGCUCGUCUGGCUUCAGAUGGUCAGGGUGUAGUGGACAGCAGAACAAUUAGACUCAGAUUCACUGGGGAACCCUGAAUUGCGAUAACUUUGUAGCUGUUGUCUUGAUCUGUUACCCGUAGGAACAAACUGUUCUAAUAUCUGUGGCUGCUCUCUAUGGCUUAUCCUUUUAUAAAUGUCUUUUGUAACAUGGAGAGGCAGGAGUUUGUGUGACUGGAGGUGGGAGGGUUUUUUGCAGCACCAUAGACAGACCAUUAAAAGUUUUCAUCAUCUCCACAAACAUCGUCCUUUCACUGUUGACUCACCAGUGGAAGGUGAUCAUGUAUCACUGGAACAUUUGCUCGCCAUCACGUCUCCGAUGUAAAGAAUGACACUCAAACUGACUCAAUCUACAGCUCAGACAUGACCUCAUAGAACACAUUAGGUACGUGUGGUUUUGUUUUUUUUUCCCCUUCAGAAUAGACACAUUGGUGCAGUGUUAAAUACAGUUUGUUUCGGUUUCUAUGUAAGUGCUAAGUGAGGGGUCUCAAAGUUCUGCAAAGAUUAGAAACAUUUGAGACAAUUCAUGUGUGAGAGCAAGAGGAGUGAAUGCAAGGUAAACGUGUACCAUGGACGUCCUGUUAUUGUACCAUCUUUUUAAUGUAUGCCACAUCUGAUCUGUACAGAAGACCAUUAAGGCGACUGUGAAAAAAUCUGAAUUUUUCUCACUAAAAAAUAAGCUCAUAACAUGGGGGGAAAAGGUCCAAAUUCAAGGAAAGUCAGCACUGAAAACGAAAUUUCAGUAGCCCUAAUCUUUGUCUGUAAAUUUGUUUCAUUACUGUCUACACGAGUCACAACACCAACACAUCCAUGUGUUUCAAACAUGACGUUGCUCUUAUUAACUUGCCUUUCUGUUAGUGGGCAACACAGUGCAGCAAAGUGUGUGAAAAGACACUAGGAGGCCUGUUGUUUUUGUUUUUUUUGUUUUUUUUAUUGUUUUCAUGUAUAAGGCUCCUUACGGAAAAGCAGAUGCAAGUUAAAGAUUCAGUGUGUGGGAUUUAGGAAGAGCUAUUUUCAGAAAUGGAUUAUAAUAUUAAGAAUUACGGGUUCGUUAGUGUAUUAUGGCCUUAACCCAACAAUUAUGUCUCCUUAGCUGUAGAGGGAGCCAUUUAUAUCUACAGAGAAAGCAGUCAGUCUGCCAUGUUGCAAAACAUGUUUCUACAGCAGCCUAGAACAGACAAAUCAAACACGGCUCUUGACAGGGCCUCUCAUGUUUUGAGCGUACACCGUAGGGCAGGGUGAGAGAAGGAGUGUUCAGUUGAUUGCAAUCAGCUAACCUCCCGAAUGCAUGCUACUAAAUCCACCACACUGUUUCUUAAAUGUUGUCAGAUGUGAUCUGUAGGUGCUGCCAUGGCAGCUGCUACUGACCAUUAUUCGUAAGUGGGUGUCUGAAAUGUGAGAUGACGAAUCCCUCAGUCAAACCUAUAUAGUGACACCCAGGCCUGGUUUUCACUGCUUUUAUAAAAAUCUGAUAUUUCAAGUUCAGAAGCAAAAUCUAUUAUUUUAUGAAAGGCAGGAAAUAUUUUCCUGUCUUGCCAUACACAGGUCACAUAUUUAGCAGUGCAGUUCUAAAAUAACGAAUUUAUUCGAGCCAACGUCUACAGGAUGUGAUGAGCUUUGUCAGCUGAUGGUUACA